UUGAGUUCACUUUUCUCUCUCAUCUUCCCUUCCCACUGACGCUCUUUUCCAAAAUUUCAAAUUCCCGCCGCGUUUCUUCCUUUUAAACACGGAGGGAAAAAGGAAAGCAAACCCCCAGUCUUGCUUCAACCACCGCUUCACUCCCUGAAAACACCUCCAAUUGAUUCUCCGGCGACGGACCGAAGAAUCCGUUUUCAGGGAAAUCAAUACUAAUGGACGAAGGCGGCAGCGGUGAUCUUACAGCGACGUCGUUCAACGACCUUCCGGCCGACGUCGUGAUGGACAUCCUGUCGAGGUUGCCGGCCAAAACCCUGAUCAGGUUUUCCUCCGUCCGCAAAUCAUUCCACUCCUUAAUCCGAACUCCCAUCUUCAUAGCCAAACACCUCCAUUUCCACUCGUCCAACACUUCUCACCUCUUGAUCGUCCCACCGAACCUUUCCAGCGGAAACCCAUGUUCUCUUCUCUGCGACAGCGACACAAACACAAGGCAGGCAACAUUUGAUCUCCCUCUCAAGACCAAAACCCCUACUGCCGAGGUCAUCGGUUCUUCCAACGGCCUCGUCUGUAUUGCAGACCGUUUCGGGCUUCGACAAGCCGUGUACCUGUGGAACCCCUCGAUUCGGAGGUACAAGACCCUCCCUCCCUCGUGUUUUUCCGAGCAGCUGAGGCACUGGAGUACUUAUGCUGUUAUUGGGUUUGGGUUUUGCGAAUUCGAUAGCGACUACAGGGUUGUGAGGGUUGUUUACUGCCCCGAUGAUUGUGGCAAUUUCAUGGGAAAAGUUAAGCCUGAAGUUGAGGUUUAUAGUCUGAAAAAGGAUUCUUGGAGCAAGGUUGCGGGUAUUGUUGUGCCCCGCAUUGCAGAAAGCGGAUCCGUAGCGUUUGCUAACGGGGGUGUGCAUUGGUUGGCGGCGAAAAAGAUACUUACUGCCUUCGAGGUUAUUCUUGCAUUUGAUCUUAAGGAUGAGGUUUUUCGGGAGUUGGGUCUUCCUAAAAAAUUGGUCAAGGUAUUUGAAGAAAGGGCCAUGGGCCUGGUCUCGUUUGGUAUCAAGGAAUUUGGAGGAUCACUUUCGCUUUUCGUCAAUUGCUUUCCUAGAGAUGAGAGCUGUUCUGUGUGGUGGAUGAAAGAAUAUGGUAAUGCUAAAUCUUGGACUAAACAGUUCACUGUUGUGCUGCCUCAUGGAAAGGUGGAUCGCGUGUUCGUGUUUACAAAGAGUGGAAAGAUUAUAGCUGAAACUUAUGAUAGGAAGCUGGUUUCGUAUGAUCCUGAAAAGAAAAAUGUUCAGGAUAUCGUGCUUGGUGAUGGGCGAUUUGGAGCACUGGGUACUUUCACAGAGAGCCUUGUUAUGCUAGAGCGAAGGAAACGUACCUUCUUUUGAUCCGGAGGAGAGCAGAUCACGACGGCUAGAUGAUCUUGGUCAGUUUCUAGUAGUAGUAGUAUUAUGGUUACUUCUUGUAGCUAGUUGCUGCAUGACUGGGCUUGAUGGAGGAGUUGCAUUGGCAUCUUUUGUUUUCUAUUUUGGACGCCUCUGCUCUUAUCAGUAUAAAUAUUGUAAUGCCAGAUUUCUAGCAGUUUGUAGGGCUUGGCGUCGUGACGCUUUGUUUUGUUGAUAUCUAACUGUCUCUCGAACUGGCUUCUUUUGUAGCUUCAA